AUAGCCCGUCUCGUCUCGUCCCCGAGCCACACUCCAAAUCCCUGCGCUCCCCGUAGGUUUCGCCCACAUUCGCCGGUCGGUGAGCCCCUCUCCAGUCUCCGUCCAUGGCGUCUCCACCACCUCCCCAAGAAGACGCCGGCGCCGUGUGCUGCAUGUGCGGCGACCAGGGCCUGCCGAAUGAGCUAUUCCGCUGCAGGUCCUGCCGCGUCCGGCUGCAGCACAGGUACUGCAGCGAUCUGUACCCGAGGGCGACGGCGUACAGGCGGUGCAACUGGUGCCUGCGGGAGCUGCCGGCCCAACAAAGCGGAGGAGCAGGCCUCGCCGCCGCGGCUAGCAAGCCCACGGCCACGGAGAAACGGAAGGCGACGACGUGGGAGGCGAUGCCGACGGCGUCCGACGGGGAGCGACGGCAGCACGAGGGUUGCUCGAGGAGGCCGCCCGCGGAGCUUGGCCAGCCAGUGAAGAAGAGGCACAAGGCCGACGAGAGGGCGCCGCCGCCGCGGCUGGCCGCGGUGAAGGCGGGUGAUACCAGCGACAGCGAGAAGCUGAUGCGGGCGGGGAAGACGCGGGUGCGGGUCAAGGUGCGGCGGUACAGGCUCCUGGCAGAGGUCAUUAGCUGCUAGUAGGAAACCAUGGAAAUUAAUAAAGAGUAAAGUAGCUAGAGAGAUCGAUCGAUAAUAAAUGUACAUAUACCGAGCAUGUAAUGAGUAUGUAUCCGUCGUGCAUGCAUGGUGCCGGCGCUGUACAGAUUCGGGACUUGGCCAGCGGCUAGUCGGUUGGUCGGUCGACAAGCCAAACAAA